AUGUUGCGGAACAGUCUGGAGGCUGUGGUGGCCGAAGAAUGUGAACAAGAGGUGAGAGUGGACCGAGAGGGUCUGGCCAGCAGCUACUCCAUGACUCCCCCAACCCUGAAUAUCACAGAGGAGGCGUAUGUCAUUGAUACCCGUGACAGCCUGUCCAUCUCCUGCAGGGGGCAGCACCCCCUUGAGUGGGCCUGGCCAGGGGCCCAGGAGGUACCAGCCACGGGGGAGAAGGAUGGUGAGGACACAGGGGUUGUGCGAGACUGCGAGGGCACAGACGCCAGGCCCUACUGCAAGGUGCUGCUGCUGCACGAGGCUUAUGCCAACAACACAGGCAACUACCGCUGCUACUACAAGUACAUCAAGGCCCGCAUCGAGGGCACCACAGCCGCCAGCACCUACGUGUUCGUGAGAGACUUCGAGCAGCCAUUCAUCAACAAGCCUGACACACUCCUAGUCAACAGGAAGGACUCUAUGUGGGUGCCCUGCUUGGUGUCCAUCCCUGGCCUCAAUGUCACACUGCGCUCGCAAAGCUUGGUGCUGUGGCCCGACGGGCAGGAGGUGGUGUGGGAUGACCAGCGGGGCAUGCGGGUGCCCACGCCGCUGCUGCGUGAUGCCCUGUAUCUGCAGUGUGAGACCACCUGGGGCGGCCAGGACUUCCUUUCCAACCCCUUCGUUGUGCACAUCACAGGCAAUGAGCUCUAUGACAUCCAGCUGUUCCCCAAGAAGUCACUGGAGCUGUUGGUCGGGGAGAAGCUGGUCCUGAACUGCACCGUGUGGGCCGAGUUCAACUCAGGGGUCACCUUUGACUGGGACUAUCCAGGGAAGCAGGCAGAGCGGGGUAAGUGGGUGCCCGAGCGGCGCUCCCAGCAGACUCACACAGAGCUCUCCAGCAUCCUGACCAUCCACAACGUCAGCCAGCAAGACCUGGGCCCAUAUGAGUGCGAGGCCAACAAUGGUGUCCAGCGAUUCCGGGAGAGCACCGAGGUCAUUGUGCACGAAAAGCCCUUCAUCAGUGUCGAGUGGCUCAAGGGACCCGUCCUAGAGGCCACAGCAGGAGAUGAACUGGUGAAGCUGCCCGUGAAGCUGGCAGCCUACCCACCGCCGGAGUUCCAAUGGUACAAGGACAGAAAGGCAGUGUCUGGGCGCCACAGUCCACACGCCCUGGUGCUCAAAGAUGUGACGGAGGCCAGUGCAGGCACCUACACCCUGGCCCUGUGGAACUCUGCGGCCGGACUAAGGCACAACAUCAGCCUGGAGCUGGUGGUGAACGUGCCCCCCCACAUCCAUGAGAAGGAGGCUUCCUCCCCCAGCAUCUACUCCCGCCACAGUCACCAGGCCCUCACCUGCACGGCCUAUGGGGUGCCCCCGCCUCUCCGUGUUCAGUGGCACUGGCGGCCCUGGACGCCCUGCAAGACAUUUGCCCAGCGCAGCCUCCGGCGGCAGCAGCGAGACCGCAUGCCACAGUGUCAGGACUGGAGGGAGGUGACCAUGCAGGAUGCCGUGAACCCCAUUGAAAGCCUGGACACCUGGACCGAGUUCGUGGAGGGGAAGAAUAAGACGGUGAGCAAGCUGGUGAUCCAGGACGCCAAUGUGUCUGCCAUGUACAAGUGCGUGGUCUUCAACAAGGUGGGCCAGGAUGAGCGGCUCAUCUACUUCUAUGUGACCACCAUCCCCCUCGGCUUCAGCAUCGAAUCGGAGCCAUCCGAAGAGCCCCUGGAAGGCCAGGCCGUGCGCCUGAGCUGCAAAGCGGACAACUACACAUACGAGCAUCUGCGUUGGUAUCGCCUCAACCUGUCUACGCUGCACGAUGCACACGGGAACCCCCUGCUGCUCGACUGCAAGAACGUGCACCUAUUCGCCACGCCGCUGGCUGCCAGCCUGGAGGAGGCAGCGCCCGGGGCACGCCACGCCACACUCAGCCUAAGCAUCCCCCGCGUGGCGCCCGAGCACGAGGGCGACUACGUGUGUGAGGUACAGGACCGGCGCAGCCACGACAAGCACUGCCACAAGAAGUACUUGUCAGUGCAAGCCCUGGAAGCCCCUCGGCUCACGCAGAACUUGACCGAUCUCCUGGUGAAUGUGAGCGACUCUCUGGAGAUGCGGUGCCCAGUGGCCGGGACACACGUGCCCAGCAUCGUGUGGUACAAAGACGAAAGGCUGCUGGAGGAAGAGUCUGGAAUUGACUUGGCAGACUCGAACCAGAAGCUGAGCAUCCAGCGGGUGCGCGAGGAGGACGCGGGCCGCUAUCUGUGCAGCGUGUGCAACGCCAAGGGCUGCGUCAACUCCUCCGCCAGCGUGGCCGUGGAAGGCUCAGAGAAUAAAGGCAGCAUGGAGAUCGCCAUCCUCAUCGGCACCGGGGUCAUCGCAGUCUUCUUCUGGGUCCUCCUCCUCCUCAUCUUCUGUAACAUGAGAAGGCCGGCCCACGCAGACAUCAAGACGGGCUACCUGUCCAUCAUCAUGGACCCCGGGGAGGUGCCUCUGGAGGAGCAGUGUGAAUACCUGUCCUAUGACGCCAGCCAGUGGGAGUUCCCCCGGGAACGGCUGCAGCUCGGAAGAGUCCUCGGCCACGGAGCCUUUGGGAAGGUGGUGGAAGCGUCAGCUUUUGGCAUCAACAAGGGCAGCAGCUGUGACACUGUGGCUGUGAAAAUGCUGAAAGAGGGCGCCACAGCCAGUGAGCACCGCGCCCUGAUGUCAGAGCUCAAGAUCCUAAUCCACAUCGGUAACCACCUCAACGUGGUCAACCUUCUGGGGGCAUGCACCAAGCCCAACGGCCCCCUCAUGGUGAUUGUGGAAUUCUGCAAGUACGGAAAUCUCUCCAACUUCUUGCGCGCCAAGCGGGAGACCUUCAGCCCCUAUGCGGAGAAGUCUCUGGAACAGCGAAGGCGCUUCUGCGCCAUGGUGGAGGGAGCCAAGGCUGAUCGAAGAAGGCCAGGGAGCAACGACAGAGCCCUCCUCACAUGGCUCCUGAUGGGCAAGGGUGGGGCGAGGCGGGCGUCUCCAGUCCAAGAAGCCGAGGACCUGUGGCUGAGCCCACUGACCAUGGAAGAUCUUGUCUGCUACAGCUUCCAGGUGGCCCGAGGGAUGGAGUUCCUGGCCUCCCGCAAGUGCAUCCACAGAGACCUGGCUGCCCGGAAUAUCUUGCUGUCAGAAAGUGACGUGGUAAAGAUCUGUGACUUUGGCCUUGCCCGAGACAUCUACAAAGACCCUGACUAUGUCCGCAAAGGCAGUGCCCGGCUGCCCCUGAAGUGGAUGGCCCCUGAGAGCAUCUUUGACAAGGUGUACACCACACAGAGUGACGUGUGGUCCUUUGGGGUGCUGCUCUGGGAGAUCUUCUCUCUGGGGGCCUCCCCGUACCCUGGAGUGCAGAUCAACGAAGAGUUCUGCCAGCGGCUGAAGGACGGCACCCGGAUGAGGGCCCCAGAACUGGCCACUCCUGCCAUACGCCGUAUCAUGCUGAGCUGCUGGUCUGGAGACCCCAAAGCGAGGCCUGCAUUCUCGGAGCUGGUGGAGAUCUUGGGGGACCUGCUCCAGGGAAGGGACCAGCAGGAGGAGGAAGAGGACUGCAUGGCCCCAUGUAGCUCUCAGAGCUCAGAUGAGGGCAGCUUUUUGCAGGCGUCCACCACGGCGCUGCACGUUGCCGAGACCAACGCCGAGGGCAGCCCACCAAGCUUGCAGCGCCACAGCCUGGCUGCCAGAUAUUACAACUGUGUGUCCUUUCCCGGGUGCCUGGCAAGAGGGACUCAGACCCUGGGUUCCUCCAGGAUGAAGACAUUUGAGGAAUUCCCCAUGACCCCGACGACCUACAAAGCCUCCGUGGAUAACCAGACAGACAGUGGGAUGGUGCUGGCCUCGGAGGAGUUUGAGCAGAUAGAGAGCACGCAUAGACAAGAAGGCAGGGUCAGCUAUAAAGGACCUGGCCGGAAUGUGGAUGCGACCAGGGCACACCCAGAUCCCCACGGGAGGCAACAGCGGCCUGACCAGGGAGCACAAGGAGGCCAGGUGUUUUAUAACAGCGAGUAUGGGGAUCUGUCGCAGCCAUGCGAGGAAAGCCGCUGCUCCCCGACUGCUUGUGUGCCCUUCAUCACAGACAGUAGCUUCGAAGGCCCCUGCCCUUACUGA